AGGAAGCGAGGGCUAGUUGGGUAAGCGCAGCUGGCUCCCCCUGCAGUUCCUGUCCGACCCUCAAUUAGAAAACGUCUUCGGCCUCCCGCCUGGAGAGAAGCACCGGGUCAGCGCUGAGGGAAUGGCCGGGCUGCGCCUCCUCCUCGUCGUCGUCGUCGUCGUCGUCGUCCCCUGCCUCUGCGGGAGGGCGGAGGCGCGAGCGGGGACCCCCUGCCAGGCCCCGCUGCAGUGGGAGGGCCGCACCGUGGCCUACGACCACGUCACGGGCAGGAACACGCGGGCCUCCGUCACUUACGACAGCCCCAACCAGCGGCUCCGGGUCCUGGAAGAGAAGAAGGGCCUCAUCCCCUGCAAGAAGUUCUUUGAAUAUAUCUACUUCUAUAAAGAUGCAGUGAUGUUUCAGAUAGAGCAAGUGACAAAGCUGUGUACCAAGGUACCUUUGAGUGACCCGUGGGAUCCUUUUGAUAUUCCUGACAAUUCAACCUAUGAAGAUCAGUACUACAUUGGAGGUCCUGGUGACCAAAUUAUGGUACAGGAGUGGUCUGACAGAAAGCGAGCUAGAAAACUUGAGACCUGGGUUGGUGUUUACACGGUCAAGGAUUGUUAUCCUGUUCAGGAGACCUACACAAAGAACUACAGUGUGACAACCUCCACUCGCUUCUUUGAUCUAAAGCUUGGGAUAAGCGACCCAUCUGUGUUUAUCCCGCCAAGCACCUGCCAGACAGCUCAGCCAGAAAAGAUGAGAGAUGCAUGCUGAUAGUGAACCUUGGAUUCUGUGCGAAAACAACACUAAUACAGUACAUUGUGUAGAUUACCAUUAAUAAUCAGCUGUUGAUGUCUAACCUUGCAAAAUUGUGGUUGCACCUUUCAAAAUUGUGGUUUUACAGAGUGAGACAUCUCAUUGAAGCAAAGAAGGAUCUCAUUCUAACAUUGUUCCCGUAUGCUGAAGUUACUGUAGAAGCUUGUUUUUGCCAUUAUGUUCUUUGGAAUAAUCUUAUUUUUGUUUCCUAAGAAAACAUAAGUACUCCUGAAAUCCUAUAAAAAUAUGGUAUGUAUGUAUUCUCAAGAGAAGGAUAAAUUAUAUUACAUAUGAGAAAUAGAGGCUGGAAUCCUGUGAGUGGCAUAUGGUAGUAUUGCCUCCUUUUUCAUAGGUCCUGUUUUCAGUAACAUUGAAAGGUCAAUACUUCCUUGUGCAAUGCCCUCCAUGGAACAUUUCUGCACUAGAACACCACUACUGCCAAUAAGUGGCCAAGAAAGGUCAGGGGUACUCUGCGGCAUCUGGCUGCAGACCUAUAUCUGGAAGAAAAGAAAUUGGCUUCCUGGGUCUCCUGUGAGUCACUGAAGGCUCCAGCAGGAAAACCCAGUGACUUACUGGAGAUCUGGUGAAUUAAUGUCUGUUCUUUUCUUUCAAGUAAAGAACUUCAUCCAGAUGCUGCCCAGGUGUCCUGCUCCCACCUGACCUCUUAAUUCCCCACAGGCUGCAUUGAGAAAGCCUGAGAUGGAAAGGUACAUUUCAUGGAAGUACACUGACAGAGCUUGUUGUUCUGCCAGCAUCACCUAGGAUCUGAGGCUGUUACCAUAGUGUGGCACUUGUCAUUAAUGGUAUAAUAACUAUAUGGAACUUUUUGAUUAUUUAAUUUUCCUUUCUUAUAAAAAAUUAACAUAUUUGCUUAAUGCUAUUUGAAUGGUGUAAUAUCAGGAAUAAGGAAUUAUAUUUAAGUGUUCUUCUAAAUAAUAAUAAUAAUAAUAAUAAUAAUAAUAAUAAUAAUAAUAAUAAUAAUAAUAAUCUUUCUUACCUGCCUCUCCUCGUGGCUCAAGGCGGGUUACAGCAUGAUUCAAACACAAACAUACUACAACUGUCAUUUGCAUUAAAUACACUUGUUUAUAAGAUCCAUAUCCCUUAUUUGUUCAAAUAAUCUUCAAAGCUGCUUGCAGUAGAUAGCAGGAAUCUACACACAGGGCCGUCCCAUGCAACCAUUUAAUCUUGGUCAGGAUUUGGAUUUUACAAAGCCAGUUUGCCUUGGAGUGCCUACACAGGCACCCCUUGUACCUGUUAAAAGUUGCCACAGCAUCUACAAUGCUCCACUGAUUCCAGAUCAAACUGAAUCCAGGACUUUUUAAAACUUUUCCAGCCAAAAGCACUGAUUGAAAACAGCUGAUCAGUGCUUGACUUAAAGCAGAGCACACCAAGGCUUUGAAAUCCAGUGUGUCCUUGCUGAAGGGGAGGUGUUUGUUUACCCUAAUUUGGCUUUCAUAUGCAACUCCUGGAGUUUAACCCUGUUGAGUAAUUUCAGAAAGGAAAAAGCAUUUAAACAUGUAAAUCAGCAGCAACAGCAAUAGCAGUAGUUUAGCAGAUCAGAAGCUUCCUGAGCUGGCAGUAGAGCAAAUGAGCUUCAGCAAUUCAGAAGCAGAAUCAAACUUUAAAAAUUAAAGCAGCAUUAUUUAUAUAUUUAUUAAUUGAUUAAAAGAACUACAUUUUUACAUAGGAAAGUUAGGUCCUAGCUAUCUAACAAUAGAUUUCUCUGGAGAUAUCUUGUCUCUCUCCAUGCUCACAGAAGAAGAAGAAAAUAAAAAGGCUUGCCAUGCAGUCUGGAAACUUUGAAUAAAAUGUGGCAUGUCCCAGAGAAGUAUCGGUCUAACAGGAGAGUAAGAGAGAGGGCAAUGGGAAAAGGACUUUACCUGCCAGCUAACUCAUCUGUCUAUUUCCUUGAUAAUGACUAUAAACUUGUACAAGAUGUGGUUGUUUUUCAACAAGCCCUGUCCUGACAAGCUCUCUGAAUGCUGUUUCCACUUUACAACACUGUGCUGUUUAUACAGUGAUCAUCUUAAGCAUAUUUUAUGGCUUCAUCUGUAAUUUCUGGUUAGUUUUAUUAACACAGUUUCCGGCUGGAUGUGGGUUGGAAAUUGCAUUGGGGGAGUGAACACUUUGUAAAUACCAUGAUUUCAAGCCAGUGUCCAGCAGGAUUAUAAUACUUGUGUGGAUGGGGCCACAUUCUCAUGGCAUUCAUUGGACUGCUAGGCUGAAAUGAUAUUGGUCUCUUGGAUCUCCUAAUUCAUUUCUGAUACUAAAACAAAAUCCUAAUCUGAAUGUGUUUCCAGAAGUAUCCUGCUCCUUAAUGUUCAGUGUAUUCCUGGUCCCUAAGCUACUGUUUAUCAUUUGUGUGGAUCUUUUAAAAAGAAGUAGAUGGAUCCUGUUAAUUCUGUCCACAACUGUGUCAUUUGUCUGGCACUCCCUCAAUGCAGAAAACCUUAAAUAUCCUGUAAUAUAUCUGUUUAGAUGCUUUAUAUUAGUCUAUGAAUCCAUGCCAUAUAGUAAAACCAAGACAAUAUAACACUGUACACUGCAUGUUUUAAAGGAUGUACAUUUAUCAUCUUUAAAAGCCUCUCUAGUCCAUCUCUGUUUUCACUUUGUGAAUAUUCUCGCAUUGUUCACUCAACAUGAUUAUAGGAUAUUUUUAUUUAUCAACAUCCCCCACACUUUCAUUUUGCAUCUUUAACUAUUUCUUAGGCCUCUUGCCUUUUAAUUGUUCUCACGAACAUUUCUUAACUUCCAUUUUGUGACUGGCCAUUGCCCACUUCAUUAGUAAAUAGAAACCAUCUUAAUUUAUCAGCUAGCAAAACUAUGGUUUUAAAAAUAUUUACAUUAAUAAUGGUCACCAUCAGUUGAAUCAUCAAGUCCUUAUUUGAAAAUAAAUAUUAUUGGAAUACAAAUUUCAAAAAUUGUGGGAAUAUAAAUCCUUGUCAUACCCAUCUUUGUAUUUCUGUUGGCCCUUCCAUACAGCCAUCUAGUCUGGAGCAGAAUGUGGAUUUAAGAGAUGGGGUUCGCUAUGGAGUGCCUACACAAGCAUCAUAUGAAAGGUGAAAGACAGUCCACAUACCCACAGGAUCUCUGAAAACACAUUCUGGUCCAAAUUAAGUGCCUUCAUUAAAACCCAGGAGUUUUUUUUUUCCUCCCUCCUGGCAUAGAAGCAGUUGCUUUAGAGCUGUAAAAAGCAAGGCAAGAGCUUCAAACACUUCUGUGGCAACACAGGGCUUAAAUGAGAGGCUUUCUUUACCCUCCUCUGCUAGGCUGUGCCGCUGGCUUAUUCCAGUGCUUCCCCACUGCUGUUUACAUUUGCGUUCUGUCUUUUGCAUUCACUCCUUCCUGUGCCUUCUUCAGACACAGGAGGGAUUCCAUGGAUCAUUUGGCUUGAAUCUAGAUUUCUAGUGAGUUUUUUUAAUCAUACGGUUUCAGGAUAGAUGCGAGUUGGAACUCACCUUGCAGGGUGAGCAUUCUCAAGACACCCUGACCUUGAGCCAUCCAAACCAGAGUAUAGUGCCUGUGUGGAUGGGGCCUAUAUUUUGUGUCUUCUGAUCUUCUGUUUUCACUACUUUUUUUGUUGCCAAUUACUGUGUGUGUUUGCAAACUGGUGUUUUCCUGGUUCCAGAUCCAGUACCCUUCUAUAUUUGAAGAUUAAAAUAUCCUUAUAAUGCCUCUUUCUUUAUAUAGGAAACCAUAAUCCUCAAUCUAGUCCACCUGGUCCAACAACUCCAGAUUUCCCUUCCACUUGAGUAUGCCACUUGUUUGCCCUCUCCUUUAAAAAUUAAAGUGGUAUCAAACUUAUAAUUGAACAGUGUGAAUACACUCAGAAAGAAAAAAGAUUAAGGGAAUUGCAUGACUAUGAGAUACACAUCGAAAAAUACAUUCUGAGACAGAAAUACAAUAGAUUCUUAGUUAACCGGAACUCAAGCAACCAGAACUCUCAAGCAACUGACAAAGAAUCGAAGAAGUAAUACUUUAAACAAAAAUUAAAAUCUAUGUGUAAUACAGAUAAACUGUUUCAUUAUAAUUAUGUCCAUCCUUAUUUGUCUUAAUUUGCUUUUAAUUACUAUAUGUCAAAAUUAGUGUGAAGUCAAUACAAAGUUUAUAUUUUGGUACAACAUGGGGUAUAGUAUUAGGCCUAUUUUUAAUAGCAAUACUCAAGCAACCAGAAAGUACAUUGAUCCCCGUGGAGCUGUUUAACUGAGAGUCUACUGUAUUGGUUUUUAUAAUUUUCUGUUCGUUAUAUUGCUCAGCAAUCCACCAGGAUGAUGAAUCAUUUUAUGACACAUCUGCUUCUAAUGGGCAAACACUAUGCUACCAUUUGUCAAAAUUAGAUAGCAACACAAGUUGAAAGAAAGUGACCCCCGGGAUAUAGUGAUUUGUAUGAUCUCAGUCUCUGCCCUUUGUGUGAGUUCAGGACACAGAAAACACAAUCUAGCUCUACGCAAAAUGAGGUGAUGAAUUAAAUCAGAAUUUUGUUGGAACACUGCCUUCUUAGCAAAUGAUCCUGAGGGCUUUUAUCAGAAGGUUGGAUAAUUUUAGUGCGGAGCAUCAAAUAUCAAACCUCUUUUUUUAAAGUGACGCUGGUUGUAGCGCAACAUGUCAAAUGAGCCAGGGAGGCUUCCAAAGCGUCAAGGCUGUUUGUUUAUCAGAACUGGCCAAAGCCCUUGGUGGGAGACUGGGGCAUUUGCCUGAACUCUGCCAGGUUUGCCCACCCCAUUUCAAAUCUGAGAUGAGUUCAUUUCUUGGACAGUCUUGAAGCUCUGCCAAAAUGCAAAAGCAAGCCGUCAGCCCACCAAGUCUCACAAACAGCUAGUAAUAUUCUUGAGUUUGCAUUCCUGGGAGUAAGCCCCACUGAAUGCAGUGAGUUUUGCUGCCAUAUAAACAUUACUAUGAUAGAGGUCUAUUUCAGUUAAAUGCGUAACUAAGGCUGGUGGUGGGAGUUGUGGUACAACAUCAUCUGGAGGGUCCUAGUAUAAAUACUCGCAGUAUUGGAAACUGGACAGACAUCUUUCUUAGCUCAUGAAAACUCAGAUGUGGAAAAAAAUCUUUGUAUGUUUGAGGGGUGAUAUUUUUUAAAAGUGAUAUCCUUUAUGAACUAAAACAUCAUUAUUGAGCCAUUGCUAAAUAUGCUGGUGAACAUUUAAAAAUAUUCCUAGUUUUCAUUUAAUAUUUUAAACAUUUCACACUAUACAGUUCAAUCCAAAACGGUGGCAAUCAAUGUUUGCUUCAUUUGUCUCCUGAUGGAAACCUAAUAUCAGUUUCCUCAGUCUGGACCUAAUCUAUAGAUUUUCUCAUUGCAUUUAAUCUAAGAUCAAAUUUCCUAAUCCAGAAAUCCAACUAAUUUAGCACUGUUUCCUCAGUGCCAGUGUACAUGUAUCCUUGCUCACAAUAAACUACUAAAUACAAUGGGAUCUAGUCUUUUAAGACUGCACAGUCGCUUCUCUAGUUGGAAGAAUGUUUAUCAUAAUUUCCCAUUGAUCAGGCAAGAACCAACUCACAGUGUGCAUCCAGUAUUGGGGAAGUAAAAAAGUAAACCUCUAUGUUUAAUAAUCCUUACUUGUUUCUAGCUGCCUUGAAAACAGAUGUGUUAUGAUUAGUUUUGAACCUGAUACACAGAAUUGCCUCAUGAACAUACAUGUCAAUGCUCAACGUGAUAUCUCAUUGCCCAAAUAAAACAUCACAUUGUAAUGA